GCCCUGAGCGCCUGAGGGGGCCGCGGGCGGCCCGGCCCUGCGCGGAGCGGAGCCGGGCAUGCGGGCGGCGGGAGCGGGCCGGGAGGAGGAGGUGGGAUGCUGUCGCGGAAGAAAACGCGGACGGAGCUCUCGAAGCCCGGCGAGGUGCAGGGGAAGUACGUGAAGAAGGAAACCAGCCCGCUGCUCCGCAAUCUGAUGCCUUCCUUUAUCCGUCACGGUCCAACCAUUCCAAGACGAACUGAUAUCUGCCCUCCUGACCCGAGUCCUUCUGCUUAUGGCUCUGGUGGAGAUGGAGCUGUUUCCAGAAACCAGAGUUUCCUUCGAACGCCGGUGCAGAGGCCGCCACAAGAAAUAAUGAGGCGUGAAAGCAACAGACUGUCUGCGCCUUCCUACUUUGCUCGAAGUUUAGCUGAUGUUGCUAGAGAAUAUGGCUCUUCCUCCCAGUCCUUUCUAGCAGAAACCAAUUCGGUUUUGGAAAAUGGAGAUGCUGGCACACGUUGUUACUAUUAUGAUCACUUCUAUGAUGCCCAGAGGAGACGUCAGUUGAACGAUCGCUUGCAUGAGGACUACAGGUAUUAUGAGCACAGCGGGGAGCUUUUCCAGAGGAUGUCUCACAACCAUGGCCGGCGCACCUCAGGCAUCGGGAGAGUUGCUGCUACGUCCCUAGGAAAUCUCACAAAUCACAGCUCUGAAGACUUACCUCUGCCCCCCGGCUGGUCGGUGGACUGGACUAUCAGAGGAAGGAAGUACUACAUCGACCACAACACCAACACCACGCACUGGAGCCACCCCCUGGAGCGGGAGGGGCUGCCGCCGGGCUGGGAGAGAGUGGAGUCCGCAGAGUUUGGAGUGUAUUAUGUGGAUCACAUCAAUAAAAGAGCUCAAUACAAACAUCCCUGCGCUCCCAGCGUUCCCCGUUACGACCAGCCUCCCCCAGUGACCUACCAGCCCCAGCAGGCAGAGAGAAGCCAGCCUCUCCUCGUCCCUGCAAACCCCUACCACACUGCAGAGAUUCCAGACUGGCUGCAGGUCUACGCCAGGGCUCCUGUCAAGUACGACCACAUCCUGAAGUGGGAGCUGUUCCAGCUGGCAGACCUGGACACGUACCAGGGCAUGCUGAAGCUGCUCUUCAUGAAGGAGUUGGAGCGCAUUGUGAAGCUGUAUGAAGCCUACAGGCAGGCUCUGCUCACCGAGCUGGAGCACCGCAAGCAGCGGCAGCAGUGGUACGCCCAGCAGCAUGGCAAGAACUUCUGAGCUGCCC